UACGAAAAAUCGCUUCACCACUCGCAACAUCCAGUUCACUCCUGUGACUUUUAAGUAUCUGCAAGGGGACGUAACCACUGAAGUUGUAACGUUCGACAUCGAAACUGCGGCUGGAGACAUAAAGUCAGCUCCACUCGUUCAUUGUAUUAAAUUAGGAUUUUAUGGAAGAAGGAAAUUGGUUUCUCUUUGAAUGGUGCUGGAGUGAAAAAUUGGUAAAACAUUGGUAAACCUCGUUCUAACAGAUAUUUACUUUGGUAAAAACGUACAACACACCGAUUCGCUGUCUGCAUGCGAAAAGGAAUACCAGAUAGCAUCAGCGAAGAUAGAUCGUCAAUAUUUAUAACUUUUUAAAGAUUUUAGUAAAAUGUCAUCCUGAAGAACUGAGAAAUAUUUCUUGUGAGAGGGACAUUUUUUUUCCCUUCAUUACCUUCAAAGCUGAUUUUGUGCUCCGUUUAAAUUUGCAAGAACUAUCAAAGUACAUUGCAGUAAUAAAGUUUUGAUUAACAAAUGAAAAACAAUCCAUAUCUAGUCCUGAGAAAAGAAGAUAUAGAAGGAGGAUGAAUUUCCCUGAAGAAUUGCCAAAAUCGACCGGAAAAUCAUCGUACCAUUGUGAUAGGUGUAAAAAGUCAUUCUCUCAGGAAUGUAAGCUUGCUACUCAUAAAUGCAUUGACAAAAAACAGAAAGCAAAGAAACGAUAUCAUUGUGAUAUCUGUGGUAAAUCAUUCACUCUAAAACUUAACUUAACUGAACAUAGAUAUCUACAUACGGGAGAGAAGCCACACGGCUGUGAUAUCUGCGGUAAAUCAUUCACUCGAAUACGUACAUUAAUUACUCACAAGCAUCUCCAUACUGGAGAGAGACCUCACAGCUGUGAUAUCUGCGGUAAAUCAUUCUCUCUAAGAGGUCACUUAACUGGUCACAAACGUACACAUACAGGUGAAAGGCCAUAUCACUGUGAUAUCUGUGGUAAAUCAUUCUCUCACACUAAUGGCCUAACACGACACAUACGUAUUCAUACAGGAGAGAAACCAUAUCAGUGUAACAUUUGUGGCGAAUCAUUCUCUGACAGAGGUAAUUUGACUAAACACAAAAUUAUUCAUACAGGUGAGAAGUCGUAUCACUGUGAUACCUGUGGUAAGUCAUUCUUUCAAAAAGUUCAUUUAAACUCUCACAGACGUGUUCAUACAGGAGAGAAUGCAUUAACUGUUCACAAACGUAUUCAUUCGAGAGACAAGCUAUUUCACUGUGCGAUCUGUGGUAAAUCAUUCCCUGGAGAAAGUGAAUUAAUGUUGCACAAGAAACACACUCAUUCUCAAGAAAAACCACAUCACUUUGAUAUCUGUGAUAAAUCAUUCAUUUCUGGGAGUACAUUAACUAUUCACAAACAAAUUCAUACUGGGAAGAAACCGUAUCAGUGUGAUAUCUGUGGUAAAUCACUCAUUUCUGGGAGUACAUUAACUAUUCACAAACAAAUUCACACUGGGAAGAAACCUUAUCAGUGUGAUAUCUGUGGUAAAUCUUUUAGCUAUGGAUGUACAUUAACUGUUCACAAACGUGAAAGACCAUAUCACUGUGAUACCUGCGGUAGAUCGUUUGCUCAUGCAAGUGCAUUGACUGUUCACAAAUAUGUUCAUACAGAAGGAAAAUCAUUUGAGUGUGGCAUAUGCGGCAAGUUGUUUGCAAAAGCAAGUCGGUUAACGACACACAAGAGAUACGUUCAUGCAACACAAAAAGUAUUUCGCUGUGAUAUCUGUGAUAAAUCAUUCACUUACAGAUACUUUAGGAUAAAAAUCAUAUCUGCUGACAGAGAUCUUCAAGAAAUUAAAGUAUUUGUAUUUGCUUUUUCAGUAUAA